UCACGUGACAUGGCCUUUGCCCCGCCCCGGCUGGUGUUCGCGUACCGUCAGAGGCAGAGCUCCCGGCAGCCGGUGCGUAGGUGUUGCCAGACUGCAAGAUGCGUUCAGUCUCCUGAGGUGGAAACGGUACCGGAGCCUGGCUCCCCUGAGCAUGCGCCGUUCAGACUGCUUACAAUUGAUGUGAAACUCACUCAGAAUAUGGUGGAUUUCGGGAAGUGGCCUUUAUUCACUUUGCUGUCGCCCCAAGAGGUGGCCUCCAUCCGACAGGCGUGUGUAUUUGGUACAUGUGCAAAUGAAGUCAUCUACACCACUGACCACGAUGAGGUAUUUGCAUUUGGACAGAAUUGCAGCAACUGUCUGGGAACGGGGGAUAAUCAAAGCACUAUGACCCCAAGAAGACUUGAUGUCUUUUGUGGCAAGAAAAUAACCAGUAUCGGUUAUGGUAGCGGUCCACAUGUUCUGGUCUGUACUGAAGAUGGCGAGCUUUAUGCUUGGGGGCACAAUGGUUACAACCAGCUUGGGAACGGCAACACUGUACAAGGAACAGUCCCUGUUCAGAUCUGUGUGGAUGUGCUGACAAAGAAGGUGAUGCAAGUGGCUUGCGGCUCCCAUCAUUCUAUGGUUUUAACGGCCGAUGGAGAGGUGUUUGCCUGGGGAUACAAUAACUGUGGGCAAAUUGGUUCUGGGACCACUGCGAAUCAGCCAGUUCCUCGCAGAGUAUGCGCCCAGUUAAACACAAAGGUGGUUAUUGCAGUUGCUGCUGGACCCACUUGCUCUAUGGCAAUAACAGACAAUGGACAGGUUUAUGGCUGGGGAUAUAAUGGUACUGGUCAACUUGGAGUUGGAGGGACUGGAAACCAACUCAUUCCCUGUAAAGUAGUAUUUGUUCAGCAAGUGUGUAUAGUUCAGAUUGCAUGUGGCUACAGUCAUACCAUGGGGCUGACUGAUCAAGGUUAUCUCUACUCCUGGGGAGCCAACACCAAUGGCCAACUGGGUAUUGGCAACAAAAGUAACCAGCUUUCUCCAGUCAGAGUGGAGACAAGUGAAAGGAUAGUGGAAAUUGCAGCCUGCCACUCAUCCCAUACCUCUGCUGCCAAGUCACAAAGCGGACAAGUUUUUAUGUGGGGCCCAUGUCGGGGCCAGAUUAUUCUUGCCCCUCACCUCACAAACUUUACUUGUACAGAUGAUGUGUUUGCUUGUUUUUCGAACCCACCAGUCAUGUGGCGCUUGCUUUCUGUAGAACCUGAAGACUUUCUAACAGUUGCUGAGUCACUGAGGAGAGAGUUUGAUGGUGAAGAAACGGCAGACUUGAAAUUCCGUGUGGAAGGAAAAGAUAUUCACGUCCACAAGGCAGUCUUGAAAAUCAGGUGUGAACACUUCCGCACAAUGUUCCAGUCUCACUGGGAUGAAAAUUCCAAGGAAGUCAUAGAAAUUAACCAGUUUUCAUAUCCAGUAUACUAUGCCUUCUUACAGUACUUGUAUACGGAUACUGUGGACCUGCCGCCAGAAGAUGCUAUAGGACUUCUAGAUCUUGCAACAUCCUACUGUGAAAACAGACUAAAGACACUGUGCCAGCAUAUCAUCAAGAGAGGGAUAACUGUGGAAAACGCCUUCCUAUUACACUCUGCCGCAGUCCGGUAUGAGGCAAAGGAUUUGGAAGAUUUUUGCUUCAAAUUUUGUGUGAACCACCUAACGGGAGUGACGCAGACUAUGGCAUUUUGGCAAAUGGAUGGCAUGCUGCUUAAGGACUUCAUUGUGAAGGCCGGACAAUGUGGGGGAUUCAAGAACUGACGUCACUGCUUCUCUAUGGGGGCAUAGUUGUAUACCUAUUUUAAAUCCUAUAUUGGGCAUUAAAUUGACCAUAUCAAAAGUAAAUGCGUAGCAGAAGUAUGUUAACUAUUUAAAUGAAGGAACAGACUAAAACUUGCAUUUUAGGUCUUUUUAUAGCUUCCUCAAUUUUUCUGUGUAGAAAUGUAUGAUGGCAGUUUUAAUUUAAUACCAAGUACCUGCUGGAUAUUGCACAAGCCGCAUGGUGAUGUGGUUCUGUUCACAAUUCACAGAAAAUAUGCUAAAUC